UUCUACGAAGUAAUUUUCUCCAGCCACCGGACUUUUCCGCCAACCGGAAAGAAUCUUCUGGUGGAGCCGUUCCUUCCCUCUUCUCAACAGGGGAGAGCAUAGAAGAUGGGGACGGCUGUGGAAGACAAUUCAGGGACAGGGACGGGGAUGAGGAGGAGAGGAUGUUCAUACCAGAAGAAUGAUUUUCUUCCUGAGGAGUCUUUCAGGACUUUUGGCAACUACAUAAAUGCGCUCAAACAAACUCCCAACCGGCUCGUGGACCGGGUUCUCACCCGGUCCAAGGACCAAGCAGAGAUGGCGGUCAAGAACCGGAGUCAGAACGAGAUGAAGAAAACGCUCACAUGGUGGGACCUGAUCUGGUUUGGCAUGGGUGCCGUCAUCGGCGCCGGAAUCUUCGUGCUCACCGGGCUCGAGGCCAAGGAGGAGGCUGGACCAGCUGUGGUCCUCUCAUUUGUGGUUUCCGGCAUAUCGGCUAUGCUCUCCGUCUUUUGUUAUACAGAAUUUGCCGUGGAAAUUCCUGUUGCAGGCGGGUCUUUUGCCUAUUUGAGGGUGGAGCUUGGAGAUUUCAUGGCUUUCAUUGCUGCUGGAAAUAUUCUCCUUGAGUAUGUGAUUGGUGGAGCAGCAGUUGCAAGAUCAUGGACAUCAUAUUUUGCAACUCUUUUAAACCAUCAUCCAUCUGAUUUUCGUAUUCAUGCUCAUGCUCUAGCAAAUAAUUACAAUGAGCUUGACCCCAUAGCAGUUGGCGUUUGCAUCUGCAUUUGUAUACUGGCUGUGCUUAGCACAAAGGGUUCUUCUCGCCUUAACUAUAUUGCCUCCAUUGUCCACAUUGUGGUGAUUCUCUUCAUCAUCAUAGCUGGCCUUGCCAAAUCUGACACCAAGAACUACACCCCCUUCACACCCUUUGGUGCCCGCGGAAUCUUCAAAGCUUCAGCAGUUUUAUUCUUCGCCUAUGUUGGUUUUGAUGCUGUUUCAACGCUGGCAGAGGAAACCAAGAAUCCGGCGAAAGACAUCCCCAUUGGUCUUGUUGGAUCAAUGAUUAUCACCACUACUUUGUACUGCUUGCUUGCUAUAACUCUCUGCCUCAUGGUUCCAUAUCAGGAUGUUGAUCCUGAUGCUCCAUUUUCAGUCGCAUUCAAACAUGUAGGCUGGUCUUGGGCUCAGUAUCUCGUGGCUUUAGGAGCAUUGAAAGGUAUGACCUCAGUGCUGCUGGUUGGUGCUGUUGGUCAGGCCCGGUAUUUGACACACAUUGCUCGCACACACAUGAUGCCUCCUUGGUUUGCAAUUGUUGAUGCCAAGACUGGAACACCAGUGAAUGCCACAGUUGUGAUGCUUGCAGCCACAGCAAUAAUUGCUUUCUUCACAAAACUUGAAAUUCUAUCCAAUCUCUUGUCGAUCUCCACGCUUUUCAUCUUUAUGCUUGUGGCUGUUGCUCUGCUUGUGCGACGUUAUUAUGUUUCUGGUGUGACAACAGCUGCCAAUCGCAACAAGCUUAUUGGAUUCGUUCUGACUAUCGUUGGAUCUGCAAUUGCCACUGCUGCUUACUGGGGUGUUAGUACCAAUGGUUGGAUUCUGUACUGCAUAACUGUGCCAAUAUGGCUCUUGGCUACUUUUGGACUUUGGUACUUUGUUCCUCAGGCUCAUAAUCCUAGGCUUUGGGGAGUUCCAUUGGUGCCCUGGUUGCCAUCUGCCUCCAUAUUCAUCAACAUCUUCCUUCUGGGAUCAAUCGACAAGGAUUCGUUCAUCAGGUUUGCGAUCUGGACCGGCUUCCUCUUGCUGUACUACGUCUUCUUUGGACUGCAUGCAUCAUAUGACACAGCAAAGGAAGAUGAAGCCGAAUUGAAGGUUGGAAAAAUUGAAGAGGGAAUUCCAGCAUCAGCAACAAAAUCAGAAACCGGUUAUAAACAGUAGAAACUCAGUGCAAUGUAAUGUUACAGAAGUUUAGUCGUCAAAAUAGUUUGAAACACUUAGAGAAACCAUUGAAAAAAAAAAAUUGUGCAGUUUCUUUUUCCUUUUGUUUCUUGAUGUAAUGUGUGCAUAAAAACACAGUAGUUGUUGGUGUACUGAGAAACGUGAUUUAAGAUUGACAGAUCUUGAACCUUGAAGUUUGGCAA